UUAUAAAAUAAACAAAAAAUGGGUGGAAUCUCUACUUGUACUUGACACCAGUGUCAGAGAUCAGUGCAGACCCCCCACCUUGUUACCCCCCCCCACCCCCCACAGUGAGUCAUGCGUGUGUGGUGGCGUGGUGUGCCUGUGUUCCUGCAAGGAGGUGCUCUAGUAUUAGUGGGUGUGGUUAUUGGAUCAUUGCUCACGUCAUCACUCUCCAUCAGAUCACCACCUCCAGUAUUGAGAGACGCUCCACUCUUGUGUCCGCCUUGUGACUGCUCUACUAGCACCGCACAACACAACCCAGCCACCAAGGGGUUAAGCAACAAAGGGCUAACCGAUAAACUGAAUAAAUCUCCAAUUUCUUCAAUUAGCAAUACCACGUACUUACACCCACCUUCCUCAGAGGUCAAAGGUCGUAAACCCCUCAAACGCUUAAGCGAGGAAUAUGUAGUGCGCACUGAACUCACAGUGGCUGUCCUGACAAACCAAGAUCAUCUUAAUAUGGCCAAUGCUGUGUUCGAUACCUGGGGACAGUCGACCAAUCAAAUUGCUUUCUUUGUUGGAGAGGACUGUGAUGUCACUGUUCCCAUGGCAACUGGCCUCCCAUUGGUUAAAGUACCAGGUGUGAAAGAUUCUGAAGUCAACUCUGUUAAAAAAACAUUUCAAGUGCUUCAAUAUUUAUCUGAUAAUUACCUGCAGAGCUCUAAAUGGUUCCUGCUAGUCACUGACAAUGUCUACAUUCGCUUGAACAAGUUAGAGAGAUUAUUGCAGUCGCUGGAUUCCACUUCUCUUGUGUAUAUGGGACACUCUGGUAAUGGACGAUUGGAAGAUUCGGAUAAGCUCUCUCUGUUACCUCAUGAGCACUAUUGUCUCGGUAGGACCGGGGUGGUGUUGAGUGGAGGUCUACUAGCAGCAUUAUCAGGCCAUCUGGAGGCGUGUAUGAGUGGAGCUCUGAGUGUGGGGAGUGGAGGUGUGGGAGGUACGUGGGCGGAUGUGGAGCUGGGGAGGUGUGUGAGCAGGACCACAGGCACGCAGUGCUCCGGCUCAACUGAGGCUAGAGGCUACUUCAGGGCAGACUAUAGUGGAGUACCACCAUCUCUUGGUGCUCUGGAUAGCCAGCAGUUCAACAGCCUCAUCUCUUAUCACCCUGUCAAUGAUGUGCCCACAUUACACACAUUACAUCAUCAUUACAGCCAGCUAGCAUUCAAGGCAUCACUGGAGACUACACAUAGGGUUCACGACCUUGCUACCAGUACCUGCCACGCACUAGCAUCUCUGGGAGGUAUCACAACUGACCUUUGCCCCCCUCCUCUGUGUGACUGCCCCCUCAAUAAGUGCCCCCCUACUAGCCUCGUCAACGAUCCUCCCAAAUCAUUCCAGCCCUCUAAUAUUUACGAUUAUCUCUCCUGGCAAUAUUUUGAUGAUCGCACACUGUACAGUGACAAGGUCGUCCAUCCCAGCACCAGCCUACAGCAGGGCAAGGACACUAGGAAAGAGCUACAGGUCAUGUUGGGCAAGGCGGUACAGUCGGCUAGUGAGAGGUUUGGGCAUAAUCUAAAGUUCAAGCGCCUGCUCAAUGGUUGGGUUCGACACAAUCCAUUCCGAGGAAGUGAAUAUAUCGUCGACUGUUUGUUCACUGAUAGCUACUUGAGAACUGUUCCUAAGAGAGUUAGUUUAGUGCGACCUCUGGCAGCCAACUACAUCACUCUCAAAGACAGCGCUGAUACAAGAAAUACUGUCAACUUUUUAGUACCUCUAUCGAAUGUGAAUGAGCGGUUCACUGAGUUCAUGUCAAUGUACGAAACUAUUGCACUCAAGUCAGAGGAGGCAGUUCGAUUGAUAUUAUCUGUCUAUGGCUCUAAAGAUGUCAGCUUUGUGGAGGGUGUUUUGGAUGAGUACAGAGCCAAGUACCCUCAAGCUGCCAUUACCGUGGUGCCAGGACAAGGAGACUUCUCACGAGGGAAAGCUCUGCACUUGGCCAUGACUAAGUUACAUUCCGAUGAGUUAGCAUUUGUAUGUGAUGUUGAUAUGUCCGUGAGUGAACAAUUUAUCAAUCGUUGCCGUAGAAACACUCUACAAGGCAAGAGAGUGUAUUAUCCUGAAUUCUUCAAACUCUAUAAUCUUGACUAUGUGUAUCGCAAUAGAAACUACCCUAAUAGAGUAGCAAUGAAACGCAAGCACGGUCACUGGGCCUACUAUUCAUUUGGUAUGCUCUGCAUCUAUAAGUCUGACUACACAUCUGUCGGAGGUAUGAACACGAAUAUUGUCGGUUGGGGAGAAGAAGAUGUGAAGUUUUUUGAGAAGGUUGUUCGUAAGAAGUUGGAAGUAUUGCGAUCUCCUGAUACUGGCCUCAGUCAUCGCUGGCAUGAGAAGAGCUGCCCUAAUAGCCUCAGCAAGACUCAGUUUAUCCAUUGCCUAAGCUCUAGAGGGGAGAAUCUGGCUGACAGGAUUGAACUAGCUACUUAUAUAUACGAGAAAGGUGUCCAGUUGCAAUACAAGGAGCAAGGAAUGCCUCAUAAUGUGCAGUUAUCCAAUAACCAAACUAUCAAUAGUGACCAUCCACUAGAGACGUAGAACACAGAAUUGUUUUUACUUCCCUAUACAUGUAUAUGUACACUGUGUGUACUCUGAAUUACUUCUAAUACAAGCCGCAUUGCUUUGAACAAGCGAGAAAGAGUAGGUGUGGUUUUGACCAUGAUAGAGCAAUGUUUUUGACACAUUGAUAAUUGGAUCUGUGUGUAAACAUGAAGCUGCUGUUGUCUCUCCUGGUUGCUAUCGCCUGUGUGGCCGUGGUCUCUGCAGAUCACUGUAUAUACUCCCGUUACAGCAACAAUUACCCGUCGGAUUGGUAUUGCUCCUUCUCCUGCUGCUAUGACUACUAUUUAUGUUGUAACAACUACUGGUAUGCUUGGACUGGAGCCUCAGUGUUCCUGUUCUUUCUGUGUGUUGCUGCUGGUUGUGGAGGCUAUCGCUACAGACGCUACUAUGUUGUGCGCACCUAUGCACCAGUCAAUGCUGCUACCACCACUGUGGUCACCUCUGCUCACACUAACACCUACCAACCCCAGCCUGCCCCCUACUACCAGAGUACUGCUCCCCCGGCUUACAAGUAAACAGGCAGAACACUAUGAACUAUAAAUACAUGUCUAGUAAACUUGAAUUCUCUUAGUCUUAGCUGUGUUAAAGGAUUCUUGAGCUGCUGUAAUAUUUGUUGAAUGGUUUGUGUGCAGUAAACUAAUUAAGCUUCUGUAUAAUAAUUAUAGUUUUGUAUAUUCAAUAUAAUUAUAUUGUGCGACAAUUAAAAUAAGAAAUCAA